GUUUAUUCCCACGAUCAAAUUUAGUCAACCCUUGUGGGACGUUGUGCUCAACGCUCUCAAUAGCGAUGACAACCCCGAGCUCACUGUUACUGACGAUGGCUGUAGCUGUACAGCGCCCACUACGCGGCUCACGCGUGUCCUCCUUCUAUCCUGUCAAAUCUCUCCCAUCCUUGUCUUCUCUCGAUAGCGCGUUCCAGCUUCAGGAAUACAUUUCGCUUCUUAUUCGUCUUGACGUCCAUGAUGUUGAUUCCAUAGUGUCUCUUCCGGGAAAAGCUGCUUUCAAGGAUGCCGAAGAAAAGUCUUCUGAUCUUUCUGAUCAAGUCGAACGUAAGCCUGAUGAUCCUGAACGCAAGAACGACGUAGCAGUCGAUCGAGGUUGCUGGAUUUAUGAACAAUUACGACGUCUCGCACAAGACCUAUCCCAUCCCCUCAUCACGAUGUUGCAGCAGGAAUGUACUCGUAUCACUUGUCCCGAGAUGAAGGCGGGAGAGUGGUUAUAUUUGUGUGUCGCACACGGUAAUGACGGUGCUAUGGAGCAAUGCUGUGCGAUUGAUUACAUCCUUCAUACGUUGGACAGCGCAACCGCACUAUUAAAUUCACCUCGAGCUUUUCCAUCUCGUCUUUCCAUACCUCCUACGUCAUAUCGACACUUCUCUUCGCUUGCUCGUCGCCUUGGCAGAAUAUUUGCGCAUGCAUAUUUCCAUCACCGAGAAGCCUUUGAGCAAGCGGAGGCCGAAUCAUCGCUUUACGCUCGCUUCUUGAAACUUACUAGUCAAUUCGAUCUUGUCCCUACCGAGUUUCUUGUCAUCCCCCCUGGUACUGUCCUGUCAGGCAGAAGGGGACGCGAAGAGGACGUCGAACCUCCACGUCUUCUUGCAGCGGCCAUCAAUCCGCCACGUGAGCGGGAGGAUCAAAAUGCACCUACAGCAGAACAAGCACAACCUCCGAAUGUUCGCGAGACGAGUCCUCCGGGACUGUCUAGUGAUAGCCCGCGUGGCACCGAUAGUCCACGCCGGCUGGGGCGCAAUCGCACAGAUACUAUGGUGUUCAGUGAGGCAUACAAUGCUGGAGAAGAGCCUGCAAAAGGUGGCGACCAGGGUGUCACUGAAAGCGGUUUAUUGCAUACUGCGCUAUCUGCUGAGCCUGAGGACUAUUCGCAAGCCUCAUGGUCCAGUCAGCCGAGUGAGUUCUCUCCCGACAAAUUUGGGUUUGGCGUCGAAGAGGUCCCCGUCGAAGAGGUGCUCGUCGACGAAGUGGCAACCAUCACCGGAUCCAACUCUCCACCUUUGGAAGAUCUGUCCUUAACGUUGCUCAAAGAGUCUAGCUCAGCUCCCCCUGAAGUACAAGAUGUGCCGGAACGCGAGAUAGAGACGACUCCGAAUGUUGAACCAACAAUUGAGAUCGUUCAGGAACAGCCAGUUGUCGAGCCUGUAGCUCCUCAAGAAGAGUCUGAAGAGACCGCCGCCCUAGCUGAGCCUUCGAGCCCAGUAGCUUCCGCAGCUCCGCAAGAUGUCGAGGCCAGUGUUAUAGUGCCUGAUAUUGUGGAGGAGACUGUAGCUGCCGAAAAAUCUGAUUCACCGGAGCCAGUUCCAGAAUCUGAAAAAUUACUCGAGACACCCGUCGAGCCUUCUCCUGAGGCAGACGUAGUGGUCACCCUCGUGGAACCUCCGGCAGCAUCAUCUCCAGAGUCUGUGCCUGUUGACGACUCUCCCACGGAGCCCGAGGUUAGCCUUAAUUUAAGCGAGCCCCCACCGUCAGAACCAAUACCCCCGGAGAGCGAGAGUGAUAUUACAGAUGAGGCACAUGAUGUAGAUGAGGAGGCGGAGGUGGAGGUGGAGUUAGUGGAGAAUCCAUGACGCAUGAUGCAUGAUGUUUCGAUCGUCUGCUUUGCUGUGUUCUCGUAGCAUUGUUGUGUUUUUCCUCAUCUCUUAAUGCUUUGAUGUUACAUUGCGUGUCGACGAGCAAGCUACGAACUGAUUGAUUGACUAAAUAUAGCUGU